AUGGCGGGAACAUGUCAUAUUAGUUUCAAAGCUACUGCCACCAAAACGCCUCUCUGCAACCGGAACCGCACGGGUGCCGUGGUCGAAACAGACUCGGACCUGGAGAGCGUGCUCAGUGUAAGCAGAACGGAAGACGAGAGCCUUCUCCGCUCGCUUGAACCAGGUACCAGCUCCCUGCGCAAAGAGGACAUCUCCCAAGAGGAGAAUUCCAAACUAGGCUGGGCUGAGCAAAAGGCAGAAGAGGGGCGUCUUCACUACGCGCAGCUGUCUCAGAUGAAGGCGACGAAGGGUGAAUUCGCGAAUAAGGUUGAGGAGAUGAUGGCCACCAAAAGGCAACGCUCGAUCGAGAGUGCCAAAGACACUCCGGCGGGCAAGCGGCAACGCGGGCCCAAGGUUGUUAUCCCUCAACCUACGACGAAGAAGUUCAAGCAGAAGGCCAAGUUGAGUGACGUGUCCAAGAGACACCUCAUCGUGGCCCUGAUCGACCGCAGCGAGGGAAAUGGGAAGAUGACGGCGGCGCAGUGGAAACAGGUCCACGCCCAGCUGGUGGAAUCCCUUUUCGCGCGAAUGGAGGACGCGCCGGACGCUCCCAUGCCCACCUUCGACGGUGCGGGAUGGCUGAACGGGGUGAAGAUCCUCAAGUGCAACGAUGACCCGACGAGGAAGUGGCUGGUGCGAGUGGUGCCCAAAUUGGAAGCUCUGUAG